UCUGACCCCACCAAACACCCAAGAAGAAAAUGGCCACAACUGGAGCCAUGGUGUUAAGACUUUUCUUCAUGGCUGUCCUGAUGGGCCCCCAGAAGUCAUGGGCUAUCAAAGAGGAACACACAAUCAUCCAGGCGGAGUUCUUUCUUUCCCCAGACCAAAAAGGAGAGUAUAUGUUUGAUUUUGAUGGUGAUGAAAUUUUCCAUGUGGAUACUGAGAAGUCAGAGACCAUCUGGAGACUUACAGAGUUUGGACAGUUUGCCAGCUUUGAAGCUCAAGGUGCAUUGGCCAAUAUAGCUGUGGACAGAGCCAACCUGGACAUCAUGACAAAACGUUCCAACCACACUCCAGAUGUCAAUGUAGCCCCAGAGGUGACUGUGCUCCCCAACAGACCGGUGAGCCUGGGGGAGCCCAACAUCCUCAUCUGCUUCGUCGACAAGUUCUCCCCUCCAGUGGUCAAUGUCACCUGGCUUCGGAACGGACAGCCCGUCAGCACGGGUGUAUCAGAGACAGUGUUUCUACCCAGGGAGGAUCACCUCUUCCGAAAAUUCCACUAUCUGACCUUCCUGCCAUCCACCACAGAUGUCUAUGACUGCAUGGUGGAGCACUGGGGUUUGGAGGAGCCUCUGCUCAAGCACUGGGAGUUUGAAGAGCAAACCCUCCUCCCAGAAACUAAAGAGAACGUGGUGUGUGCUCUUGGGCUAUUUGUGGGUCUAGUGGGCAUCAUUGCCGGGGUUGUCUUCAUCAUCAAGGGUAUACAAAGACGCAAUGCUGCAGAACGCCGCCAAGGAGCCCUGUGAGAUGCCUGGAGGUGAUGCCUUCAAUAGGUGCUCAGUGAAGAAACUCGCUGUGACACUGACUGAGGUCCCUUUCCUCAGAUGUUCGCCUCCGUGGGGAGAUGCACACCUGCAGCUUCCAGCCUUGAGCCUGGAGAAUGGCAGCAGCUCUCUGGUCUAAUGUCUGUCUGGGGCUGUCUGCCGCCUUCCUGUACCUGUUCUCUAUUUUCCAUCAUUUACAGUCACUAUGUAAUUCCUGUGACGAAUAUCAUGGAGUUCUUUCUCUUCUGUGGAACUUUCUGAGCACUGCAUGGAGGUAUCUUCUAUCUACCUGUGGCUUGCUGUUUCUCCAAACUGUA